AUGAAUAGGCGGUUUGUGAAUCUGGUGACGCGUAAUUGGGCCGAAGGCGUUUAUUCGGUCCGCCGCAUCGAUCCUUCCCAUCUUUUCUACCGGUCAGCAAAGACCGCACUAGAAGCAGCAGAUGAAGCAGCAAAGAAGAAGGAAUAUUUUCCAGCGAUGCAGACCCUGCAGCUGCCGAUCCCGACCAUGAACUUCACUACAACUCCCUCUGGUGGCCGGCUCAACAUAUUCACGCUCUUGAGCACACGUGCCACCUGCGAAGGCAGAAUGGUCUUUGCAAAUUCGAUCGGCGAGGUUGUGCUUUACGAUGCCGAUAAGCAGCUCCUCAACACCAUGGGCCACCUCAACCAGCCUAAGGGGAUAAACCCCAUGUGCGUGUCCAUCGCGCACCCUGGCACUGACCAAGACAGCUUAUAUGUCAUGGACAUUUACCCUGGGAAGGCUGCUGAUCGAUGCUUCGAGGUCCUUGAGUACAUGCCCACUUGCAUUGAACUCAAUGACUUGAUGGCGACGUGGCGCUGGCGACUUCUUCCACCUCCUCCCUUUGUACUCCAACCUGGGUAUGAACCCUCCACUAUUACCUCCUACACCAGCAUAGUCAAUAGCUAUGGCUGUUCCACUAUUUAUAUAUCAUGCGAGGGCGACAUCGGCACCUACAGCUUUGAGACGGCAAGGCAUGACUCUAGACAUCGUCUAGGAUGGAGGCAUUCAGAGGAGUGGAAGCAUGUCGGGAAGUGGAAGUUGCCCUUCAAUGGCGGAGCUCAGUACGUUCCUGAGUUCAACCUGUGGUUUGGCUUCUCAGCCUCCAGACCAAACUACCUGUGUGCUGCAGACCUCUCUGACAUAGUGAAGGACGGACAACCCACUGAGCGCCAAGUUUGGCAAGAUCUGAACCCACCCGAGGGAGAGGUGUGGCUUCCAAUCAAACUCAAGCUUCUCAACAUGGGCGAUGGCAAGUUUCUCAUCGCUAAGACCUUAGAAGAAGAAGCAACUGGAGAGCGGUUUGCUGUGCUUAGUGGCGUAGAGAUAAUGCAUGGUAGCGGUGAUGGCCAGAGCCUUCAGAUGGUCAAGCACAAGUGCGCAUAUUAUACCUUCACGAAUGACACCAUCUAUUGGGUGCUCUGAAUGAAUAAUCUGUCGCAUUUGGUUCGCGGCCAUAUAUCUCUGAAUGAAUAAUCUGUCGCAUUUGUUUUGCGGCCAUAUAUUUCCUUCGUCGUAGGUAUAUUUGCAGGUUUGUGUGUUUAGUCCAUGUAUGAGAUGGUUUAUCACUCA